GUUCUCCCCGAGCUUCCUUUUGUAAUAUAAAUAUAAAUAAAUAAGGGCCAUGUUUUCCACGGUAAAUUACAAAAUCUACCGCUUCCCUUAUCUCCUUCUCUCUACCUGCUUUUUAGCUCAAUCAGUUAGCAAAUACUCUAACCAGUUGACAGUUUAUUAAAUUCUGUUUGCUUGUUUGUUGGCACUCAUCAAAUGGAGCAACAGCAGCAACUGCAGAGAAGUCCAUCAGGGAGUCCAAGCCCUAGAUCUCCGUCAUCGCAGCCUUAUUUAUCGGUUUCGGUGACUGAUCCUGUAAAAUUAGGGAAUGGCGUCCAGGGUUACAUCUCUUAUCGCGUUAUCACCAAGACAAAUUUACCGGAAUACCAAGGGCACGAAAAGAUUGUGAUUCGGCGGUACAGCGAUUUUGAUUGGUUGCGUGAUCGGCUUUUCCACAAUUACAAAGGUGUAUUUAUCCCUCCUCUUCCAGAAAAGAGCGCUGUAGAAAAGUUUCGGUUUAGUGCUGAAUUUAUUGAGAUGAGGAGACAAGGGCUGGAUAUAUUUGUCAAUAGGAUAGCUUCGCAUCAAGAGCUUCAGCAUAGUGAGGAUUUAAGGACCUUUUUGCAGGCUGAUGAGGAGACCAUGGAAAGAUUAAGAUCUCAAGAGACUGGUAUGUUUAAGAAGAAACCUGCUGAUUUGAUGCAAAUUUUCAAGGACGCGCAAUCUAAAGUGAGUGACAUUGUUCUUGGGAAGGAAAAACCUGUUGAAGAAUCGAAUCUUGAAUAUGAAAAGCUAAAACAUUACAUCUUUGAGCUUGAAAACCACUUGGCUGAAGCUCAGAAGCAUGCGCAUCGUCUUGUAAAGCGACAUAGAGAAUUGGGGCAAUCGCUAUCAGAUUUCAGUAAGGCAGUAAAACUCCUUGGUGCUUGUGAAGGAGAUGCCCUAGGAAAGGCAUUUUCUGAGCUUGGGACUAAAUCAGAGGCAUUAUCAGUUAAGCUUCAGAAGGAGGCCCAUCAACUCUUAAUGAAUUUUGAAGAACCAUUGAAAGAUUAUGUCCGUGCUGUUCAAUCUAUUAAGGCUACCAUAGCUGAGCGGGCCAAUGUCUUCAGGCAUCAGUGUGAACUGGCUGAAACAAUGAAGUUGAAAGAGAUAAAUCUUGACAAACUUAUGCUAACACGUUCUUAUAAAAUGGGAGAAGCAGAGCAUGAGUACAGGGAGUUGAAAGUGGAAAAUGAGGAAGCAACUAGAAGGUUUGAGACAAUUGUGAGACUGAUGAACGAAGAGAUAGUGCGCUUUCAAGAACAGAAAACAUUGGAUAUGGGGAUUGCUUUCCAUGAAUUUGCAAAAGGACAGGUACGCUUGGCAAAUAGCAUUGCAGAUGCUUGGAGAAGUCUUCUUCCUAAACUUGAAGCAUGUUCCACACAAUGAAUACUGGAAAGUGAGCUCUUGUUCACUUUCUUCAUUCUUAGGAAUGCUAGGACCAAGCUCUUGCUUUGUAAAAACCUUUGUUGAACAUCAUACGGCACUUUUGCAAACUUUUGUUUCUUGUACAAAUUUGAGAUCAAGUGAAGAGCAAAUUAGGAGCGAACACGAAAA